AGGCUCGGACUCGUCAGAACCAAAAUGGUGGGUAGCUGAAAAUGACAUGAAAAUUUUCCCUCCGUUUUCGAGGGGCGUAACCUGGUCUCUCCUACUUCAUUGUCUCUGUAUGUGUAAACGCGUGUGCUCUGAAAAUGGUGAAGAAAGUGGACAAGCGGGGCCGUCCCAGCAAGACAAAGCUUGUUGCGAGUCGCGCAGCGAGCGUAGCGCUGGCGCCCUCCAAGGCGAAGGCUAAGGCCAAGUCAAAGGCUAAGAGACCUCCAAAAGCAGCGACUGCGGCGGGGUCUGGGUCGGGGUCGGCCGCGGGAGCCGCAGUGGAGUGUACAACUGCCGAGCCCUGUGUGUUCCCCUGUCCUUGUCUUCGGCGCGUCCCCGACGAGGCCCUGCCCCAAGUGUGUGCAGUGCAUGACAGCCAGGAUGAAGAGGCUGGCAUCCGCAUCCUGGGAGGCGAAGACCUUGAUGCCCUCCAACUUGAACUGGAAACUUUGCUCAGCUCCGUUGCUGUACGUUUGUGUCAGCUGAAUGAGCAGCUGACUGUCCUUAACAGUAUUGAAACAACCACUCGAGGAAGAGGAAGGAAGCAACGCAAGACUCUCGCUAUCAUAGCGACACCAGCACCAGCGGUCUCUACUCCGCCACCAGAAGAUAAGCCCACAAUCUGCCGUCCUCCUGUAAAAGCACCUAUGAAGAAGCUGGGUAAUAUUCCACCCCCUGCGCCAUCUCCAAGUCUUUCAAACUCCUCGUGUAAACGCUCCAAAAUGCUGCGUAAAAGACCAGAGAUGGGUGGUACCACCAAGCCUAAAGGAAAGCAACUGGAAAAGGAUUUCGUUUCACACAAGUUUUGGACUACGCUUGAUCCUUACUGUUGCGAAGUUACUGAAGACACGUACAAUCUUCUGAGUGACAUUCUGUGUCAAAAUCAAGAAGAGGUGCCAUUUUUGUACAACAUUCCUCCAUUAGGAGAACAUUUCUCCAAGGAAUGGGACGUCAAAGAUUUUGUGGAGAACCACGAAUAUGGUCAUGCUUCUCCUUCCCUUUCUUCGCUUCCCCCAAGCUCUCCUUCAUCAAACAGUACCACUUCUUCUCCAACGGCAGAAAGUAUUGGCAGUGCUAUCAGGAGGAAGUUCAGAGAGUGCUCUUUGGCCCUGAAAAGAACUCUCUGCACCAGUCCAGAAAAGCCACCUCCACCAGCAUCUCCACCACCCACACCAGCAACCAGCAAAUUAAUGGCAGCUCUUUUGGGAGAACUACCUCCACCCAUCAUACCUUUACAAGAAAGCAAGGAACACAAUGUUAUUGUUAAAAUUGAAAAAGAUGAUGACGAGAAAGUUUCUCCCAAGAAUUCUCGCCCGAAUUCGGUCAGUGGAUCAAGCUCUAACAGUGAGAUGCCCCUGAAACAUCAAAGAAAAUGUUUGGACCGAAAAUAUUGUCUAGAAAAAGAGGCGCAGGGUGACAUUGACUGUUCCAUAAGAGACUAUGUCCCACCUCAGAGUCUUUUGGAUGAACUGAAGCGCACACAAGCAGAAUUAAAGCUUGUUGUUGAUCAAAACAAUCAAGUGAUUUCUGGCCUGACAAAUGUCAUACUUGAUGAGUUAAAAGUUCAAAACUUGAAAAGAAAACUUCAAGAGAUUGAUGAUAGUGUUCUUGAUAUAUACCAUUCACGCACAGCUGCUAAGCUUGCUAAAGAGACUAUAUCGCAGGACAACAUUGAUCGGGCUUGGAAAGCCUUGAAGGAGAGGGAUCACAUCAUCCGCCAGAUUGACUUUUUUGAACAGCGAUGGGCCUCAAAGAAUGAAGUUUAAUAUGGUACCUCAUGGAAUAUCAUCCAAAUAUGUGAGUCUGUGCAGUGAAAGUCUGUAAUUUUAAGUUAAGAAUACCAAUGAAAGUUUUGUUUUUUUUUUUUUUUUUAAGGAUGAAGAUUUGUUGUAGACAUUUAGUCCAAGUUUUGUUUUCUAUGUUAUUUUGUGUUAAAACUUGAAGCAUAAAUUUUAAAAAGAGUAUCUUGUUUAUGUUUUCACAUGCGUUCUAUGUAGUAAGAUAUGUUAAUAGACUUGUGUAUGUUCAUGUUUUAAGUACACAUUUAUGUUCAAUGAUGACAAAUGGGACUCAUUCAAUAGGUGAAAAUUUUGAGUUGACAAUGUGUAGCCUCUUAUGCUGCUUAAGCUUUUAUUUUGUCUAUGCUAUGAAUGUCAACUUUUUUACUGAUGUGCCAUUGUUUUUACGGGUUCCGUUGUUGCUUUAAUUAGCCUAUAUAAAGUGCCUUUGAUAGGUAUUGUAUACCUGCAUAACUUUUUACUACCUGGCAUUACCUAACAAAAUUUAGGAUUGGUGUUUUCUUUUCACUGUGUUAUUAUGUGGAAAUCUAAAACUCAAGUGGCUCAAAUACAAACUUUGGUUUUAUUUGUGAAUUAAAAAUAGGUACAGCAAGCAGGUUAUAUAGUUUAAUGAUCAAGUACAAAAAUCGAAUCUAAGUCUUAGCAUGUAUCCUUACUAACAAAGAAGCUAAUAACAAUUCUUUUAGAGCUUUGCUAUGCAAAUUUCAAAGGAUGACCUAAGCUUUGUGUUCAUGGUGGCAUAGUUUCUUACUGGGUAUGAUUUAUGUGAUUUAAAGAUUAUGAAGUAACUUUUGUUAUAUUAGUUAAGACAGAUGCAUUUUUAAUCUCCACGUUUUACUUAGAGAUCUUUUAAUUUUGUUGAUCUUUAUGGAUCUUUUUUAUUAGUAGUUGGUUCUGCAUGGUUGGGAUGCUUAAGUGCACGGUUUCCUGUCUCGUUAGCUUAUCUAGAAUUCUUUACUCUUCUAUAUCUGACAAAGUUCAAUUCGGAAUAUUGUAUUUCCACUUUUCUUUUGUGAUAAGUUUCUUUGCCAUUGUUCUGGAUAAUUCUGGUGUUAAGUACCUGCGUGUAGUGUGUAAAAGGUGUGCAAUGCUCGAAACUUCCAACAUUUUUUGUUCAAAUUGAUAAGAUUUUUCUAUUUACAUGUUGACUUAGUUAUAUUUGGAGUCAUGUAUUAUCAUUUUUACCAAAAUUAAGGCUUUAGUAUAAUAGAGGUAUGUUUAAAUGUAGGUCAAGUUUGUAUUAUUUUAUUUGGUGGAAGCUUUACAUUCCAGAGUCUUGGGUUUAUUGUUACAAUAACUCUGAUUUAUCACUAUGGCAUCUUAUUUUGGAGCGUCUCUCGUUGACAGUUAAGUGGUGUCUAGUCUGCGGUCAGGCCCUUGUCAUAUUAACAUUUUAAAAGAUGAACUAAACAAAAAUAGCUAUUGGUCUGGUGAGCAGCACAGCAACAAACUCAGUCCUCAUUUGCUUUUAAGACUUUCUGAACUUUUGUGAUUGGUUUUCAAAUUUUUUCUCUGUUUUUCCAAAAUGUCAAUAUGUAUUUGCUUCACAGUGUUCAGAGUUGUUUGGGAGGUUAUUUUGGAGGCCAUUGUCUUUUGUAUCAGCAAUCCAUGUACCUGUAAUGACCACACUUUAGAAAAAUAAAAAAAUGCACUUCUUUUUAUAAAA